AUGUUGUUCAUCCUAGUACUUUCAUAUAUAACUUCUAUUACAGCACAAGUAAUUUUUGCUCAUAAUAACCUACCAGUAUUUUCAUCGUCUAAACACUUUUUCGAACAAAAUAUUGAUUCAAUUCCUCUAAAGAAUAUUAAUUAUACAAAUUUUGGUUUACUUUCAAACUAUACAUUUUCACAAGUUGUUGCAUCGUUGAGUCCAGAUGAGAAAUUAUUGCUUUUACAACGCCAUCAACAAGGUUGGCAUAAUGUAGCUCCUGGAAAUUAUUCCAGAAAAGAUUGGAGAUGUAAUUGGUCUUUAAAAGAUGGCGAUGGUAAAAUCGAAUGGUAUGAUGCUGAAUUAACACCAUUAGGUGUUUCAAAUGGUAUAAAACUAAGUGAAAAAAUUUCAAAUCAUGAGGACUUCCCUCGAUCUGACAAUUUCUAUGUAAGUCCAUUAAGAAGAUGCUUACAAACUUGGAAUCUAACUUGGGGUAAUAGUACAGAUAAACAACCAAUAAUUAAAGAAUAUGCAAGAGAAGUUUAUGGAAUUGAUACUGAAAGUGAACGUCAUAAUAAAAGUUUUAUUCAUGAAAAUUGGCCAGAAUUCAAAUUUGAGCCUGGAUUUUCUGAAUUGGAUCCACUUUGGAAAUCAGAUUUACGUGAAAAAAAUCAACACGUAGAUUAUAGAGCUGCUUCAUUACUAACAGAAUUAUUUGAAACUGAUGAUAAAGUUGUAAGUAUUGUUACCCAUUCAGGGAUUAUGUAUGCAAUAUUGAGAGUAGUUAAACAUAGAAGCAUUAAUCUUCCAACUGGUGCAUUAUUACCAAUAAUUAUUAAAAAGGAAAACAUUACAAAAUCAUAUCCAUUAAAUGAUGCAUAUUUAGGUUUCAAUGAAUGGUGUACAAUAUAA